AUGGGAACGACUGCCGAAGCGCCGAGUCAGGGACGAGUCGUCGCCGCCACACAACCACGAGGACGGGUAGAUACGCAUCUCCGAAGAAGACGAGCACUGCAGACAAUCGACUAACGUGCGGGGUCAAGCCGCUCCCAGCUCGCUCCGCUUUUGGCCCAGUUUUCGCGGGUAUACGGGCAUACUUGACUGGUGAGUGCUGUCCAAUCUUACAACCGGGCCUAAUCGCCACGCUAGAGCAGAAGAAAGCGGCUCGCCGGACCCAGUGGACGCCACAAUCAAGGCUAAAGAGGUAGCGCACGCGCUGCUCCAAAAGCGGCAGCGCAGCGCGCCGCACAUUCGCACGGUUCGGUACAGCAUUAUAUACGCUGUCGCAAAUACACGAGACGUCUCCUCCCGAGAAAACCGCCGUCUCCGCUCACCGCCCCGCCGCCCGCAGGCAGUCGAUCGACAACAGCGCCACGAAACCAUGCUCAAGGCGGGCCAGGCGGCGACGCGCGUCGUGCGCGCCUGCGUCAAGGACGCCAAGGCCGCGGCCCUCGCGAGCGAGGCCAAGAGCUACUACACGGUCAUCAAGUACGAGACGACGGGCGGCCAGGCGAAGGAGCUGUCGCGCGAGACCUUCGGGCAGAAGGAGUAGAGAGUAAGACGUGUUUAUUUAAA